UAUUUAAAUUAUAUAUAUUUAUUUGUAAUGGAGGAGGUGAAGAAGGAAGAAGAAUUGAGAAAAGGCGAUCAGAAUUUGAUGGGAAAUUCCGGAUUGUUAUUCGACAUCCCAUUAAUGGAUUUAUUGGCCGGACAAGAUUUCACCCCUUCCUUGUUCGAACUCUUGUCGGCUGCGCCACCCACUACCACUCUUCCUCCGCCGUCCUCCGCCGUGCCUGAGUCAUCCGAAGUUCUCAACACCCCUCCUACUCCCAACUCCUCCGUCUCUUGCUCCUCCAAUGAAAAAGCUUUCGACGCCGACGACGGCGAUCUCCGGGAGAAAUCCCCUUUCAACAAGCAAUUAAAAGCGAAAAAAAAGAAUCAAAAAAGGAUAAGAGAGCCGAGAUUUGCGUUCAUGACAAAAAGCGAAGUGGAUCAUCUCGACGACGGCUAUAGAUGGCGGAAAUAUGGCCAAAAAGCCGUUAAAAACAGCCCUUAUCCUAGAAGUUAUUACCGUUGCACCACCGCCGGCUGCGGCGUUAAGAAGCGUGUCGAACGUUCCUCCGAUGACCCUUCCGUCGUCGUUACCACUUACGAAGGCCAACACAUCCAUCAAAGCCCAAUCAUGCCACGUGGAGCUUUAACAGCCGCCGCCGCCUUCGCCUCACCGCAACCGCCUCUUGUUUUCCCACAGCCGCAAUAUACGUACACUCCGGCGCCGCCAGUGGAUGUCCGAUUUGAUGCGGCGUUUCAUAGUUUUGGAGAAGAACGACGUCGUAUUGAGGGAUCUUUCCAAGACCAUGGCCUUCUGCAAGAUAUGAUCGUACCGUCCUCCGCCUUACACAUCCCGGAAGAAGAAUAGAAAAAAAAAAAAAAAAAAAAAAA